UCUCUCUCCCUCUGCUUCCGCUUGCUCUUGUUCUCUCCAUUUGUGGCUUUCUUUGAAAGUUAGUUUAAUCACAGUAGUCGUGUGUGUCAGAUGACGUUCAACAACCUUCCAGAGGAUUUGGUAGUGGAGAUACUCUCUAGAGUUCCGGCUGUAUCUUUGGCAAGGUUACGAUCAACAUCCAAAGGAUGGAACGAUUUGAUUAAAGAUGGGAGAGUACUUGCUAAGAAGCACUUUGCUUAUGCUCCAAGGCAACCUAAGGCUCUCUUGUUGAUUGAUAACAGGGUUUAUUCAGUGAGUAACAAUCUUCUUGGAGUUGACAAUAACGUUGAUGCUCCAUCUGUUAAUGUAACAUGUCACUUUAGCCUAAAAGAUCCUCUUUCUAAUAAUUCUUCAGAAGAAGUUGAUAUACUCGACGUCUUUCACUGUGAUGGCUUGUUACUAUGCAGAGUCAAGGACUAUAGACUGAUGGUUUGGAAUCCAUGUUCAGGUGAAACCAGGUGGAUUCAACCCAGAGAUUCAUACAAGAACGAACACUGCUAUAUUCUCGGUAGAUCCUCUUGCAACCAGUACAAAAUCUUGAGGCAGGAUCGCAUCGUUUCUAACCAAGAAUUGAACGAAAACGUAACCAGAAAGUGGUUGGAGGGUAUCCUUUUUAUCCAACAUCGUCAUGAGUAUGAAAUCUAUGACUUUACCUCUAAUUCGUGGAAGGGUGUUGGUGUGACCACCGACUUGUUCAUUCCUGAGAGUAACAGUGGCAUGUCUGUAAACGGAAGUACUUACUGGUUUGAUAGACGUGAAAAAUUCUUAGUAAGUAUUGAUUUCUCAAUAGAGAGAUUUGGAAGUGAGCCUCUCCCAAAGGGUGAUAGUCCUUUAGCUUUAUCAGUGACGACUGGACAAGGGCAACAACUUUGUAUGUUAUCUACUCAUUCCACAUACUAUGUGAUGGAAACAAAUGUUAACUUAUGGAUAGCAACGAAGAGUGAGAACACGGGAGCAAUGUCAUGGAUCAAGUUCCCAAUAAAUCGAGGAGUAGGUCUACGCUAUCGUUAUCAUUUUAGAGAAUACGUGAGUUUCUUCGCUUCCCAGAUGAAGGAGAAGGCUGUUGUAGUUUCUUGUCAUAGACCCAACCGGCACUCCAAGAACAUCAUACAUAUGGUGGUAAAUGGUGAAUUCAUAGAAUUGUGUCAUCAUGGUGCAAAACCUACACAUGAAUUAUCUCCUACCCCACUUCUCCUCAUCUAUGUUCCAAGUUUGGUUCAAAUCCAACAUGGUAUCUAGUUCUUUGGAGGAGGCAAAAAGGA